AAUAUUAAAACGACGUAUAAAUGUAAUAACUAAAAAAUGUUUUGGGGCUAUUGAUUCUGGUUGAAUUCGUUACCUUCGAUAUUCUGCAUUUUGUACAAGUACAAAAUAUCACGAAAUUGAUGGAAACAAUAACGCUGCGACGCAUAGAGAAGCUGGGAGAUCUUUGAAGCUAAUUUUGAAGAUUGAGCUACUUCAUGUUGAAUGGAGAUCGGUCAUGAAUACGCAGUGAAUACCCUAGACGGUACUUUAACCAAUCAAAAUGCUCCUUUCCAUGAAUAAUAUUUGCCGUUAAUCAGCUAAAACAAUGGUCUUGUACGCUGAGAAAUAUGCAGCGUACAGCCUCAAAGUUGGUUCAAAAAAGUCUCGUUUUGAGAUCGAUAUAAACAGAUAAUGGACGUCGGAGAGGUUGGAGUGAUGGAUCUUCAUUGAAAACAGUAAACAUGACUUUAUUCAAAGCUAUUGCAGUGUCCGUAUUACUGUUUAAUAAUCAUUCUCUCAUUUGACCCCUAAUCUUAAUCUACCAACAGCAAAGUGGAAAGGAAAGGCUCUCUCAGGAAAAGCAUAUUGACAUCGAAUGCAAAGUCAAAAAAUGGAUCAGGAGACAGAAGCCCAAGAAAUGGAUGUUUUAUUAGAAAAACCAAAUGGAGAUGCCAAUUCAACUGAGAAGGAAGAUGGUGAAGAUGAUGCCUCUGGUGAAAAGGUUAAGAAGACUCCACGUUUUAUGGUGGAAAAUGUUGAAUCUCCAAACAAAAGUCCAUCAAAGAAAGAAAAAGAAACUGAGUUUGGAUACCCUGACCCUGCAGAAACAAUAGGAUUUGCUACUCACGAAGCAGUGCCCAUGACAAUGUUUUACCGAAACCAGUCAUCACUAGGUGACAAUGCAGCACAACGACCCACUCUUAGAGAACUUCAUGAAGGCUUUGAUGUUUUGGAUGAAGACAUGGAUGAAGUACCUCUUGAGGAAACAUCUCGUAGCAUUGACCUAGAAGUAAAAGCAUCUCUGCCUUUGCCAAGAUUGAAAUUUGGAUGGUUUAAAGGAGUACUUGUGCCCUGCUUACUGAAUAUCUGGGGUGUGAUUCUGUAUCUGCGGCUGCCAUGGCUUACUGGACAGGCUGGAAUUGGCUUGAUGUCUUUAAUAAUCAUUCUCGCUUCAGUUGUAACAACCAUCACAACAUUGUCUAUGUCAGCAAUUUGCACCAAUGGAGAAGUAAAAGGAGGUGGUGCUUAUUAUCUCAUUUCAAGAAGUCUUGGCCCAGAAUUUGGUGGAUCUAUUGGGAUCAUUUUCUCUCUUGCUAAUGCUGUUGGUGUUGCAUUAUAUGUUGUCGGUUUCGCUGAAACUAUACAGAAGCUAAUGGCAAGCCAUGGUGCAGUAAUUGUUGACCCAGUCAAUGAUAUAAGGAUCAUUGGCAUCAUUGUUGUUAUUCUGCUUGUUUGUAUUACCUUAAUUGGUCUUGAAUGGGUUGUGCGUACACAAAUUGUCCUGCUUGCUAUUCUCCUGUUAUCAAUGGCAAAUUAUGUUUUUGGCACAAUUUGGGGUCCACUUGACAUCAAAGCAGAUGUUAUUAAAGCACAAGGGUAUACUGGAUAUUCAAAGACUACAUUUUCGGAAAAUUUCUUACCAACAUUUCGUGGUGAAAACUUUUUUACAGUCUUUUCUAUAUUUUUUCCUGCUGCCACUGGUAUUUUAGCUGGAGCAAAUAUAUCAGGUGAUCUUAAAGAUCCGCAGGUUGCUGUACCAAAAGGAACACUUCUUGCUAUAUUGAUAACCACUAUUUCAUAUGUUGCACUGGUGUGGGUCAUUGGUGCCACUACUCUGAAAGACGUAGCUUUUGUUUGUGCUGCAGCUGGAAAUUCAACGUUCAACGCAACAGCUUUGCCUAGUUGUGCCCCUGAAGCCAAUAAGUAUGGAUUAUUGAAUGAUUACAAGAUGAUGGAGAAGAUAUCGCUUUAUGGUCCCAUUGUACUUGCUGGUAUCUUCGCGGCUACGCUGUCUUCUGCGUUGGCAAGCUUGGUAGGAUCACCAAAAACAUUCCAGGCGGUUUGCAAAGAUGGUGUCUUUGAAGGACUGUCAUUUUUUGGCAAGGGAAGUGGACCCAAUGAUGAGCCAAGGCGGGCAUACGUGCUAGCUUUUCUUAUCAGCGUUGGUUUUAUAGCAAUCGGCGAACUAAAUAUUAUAGCCCCGAUAAUAUCAAACUUCUUUCUGAUGUCGUAUGCAUUGAUAAACUACUCCGUUUUCGCUGCAUCGCUGGGCAAGUCUCCUGGUUGGAGGCCUUCUUUUAAGUACCAUAACAUGUGGUUAUCGCUGUUCGGCUGUGGUAUCUGCAUUGCCAUCAUGUUCCUAAUCAACUGGUGGGCAUCCCUUGUCACAAUUGUGAUGGUUAUGUCUCUGUACAAGUACGUUGCAUACAAGAAACCAGAGAUUAAUUGGGGAUCUUCUGGCCAAGCUCAUACCUACCGUAAGGCUGUACAAUUAGCAUUCACCCUAAACUCAAUUGAGGACCAUGUCAAGAACUUUCGUCCCCAGUGCCUUGUUUUGACUGGGCUACCGUCGUCUCGUACUGACUUGGUUCAUUUCGUCUCUUACAUCACGAAACAUGUUGGGCUCAUGAUCUGCGGGCAAGUGACAAUAUCAAAAGACGGUAUCGAAGUGCCAGCUGUCAAUCAAGACAAAUGGCUUCGACGCAACAAGAUCAAGGCAUUCCAUGUCAUGUGCUCAGCGCCCUCUUUUCGGCUUGGAGUGCAAGCAAUGAUUCAAAAUGUAGGCCUUGGCAAAUUAAGGCCAAAUAUAAUGGUGAUUGGUUUCAAAGAUGAUUGGAUUACAGCCUCCAAUGAAAGUAUAGAAGAGUAUUCUGAUGUGAUACAUGAUGCAUUUGACUUGAAUUAUGGUUUUGCCAUACUGAGGCUACCAAGAGGCACACAUCUUGAAGAAGAAAGUGAUGCUGAUUGUUCAGAUGAGGAAAAUGUAGACCUAGAUGCGCGUGAGUCGUCGUCCAAGCAGUCCAAGCCAAGCUCUGUGAAGAUUGAAGUGGAAACUGAUACCGAAGCCGAGAUGGAGACGCCAUCUGCCACCCCUAUGAUCCUGCGAGAUACGAAGCAGAAAGUUGGCAAAGAAGAGGGAGAAGAGACCAAUCGACCACAAUCAUCAAGAAAGCAAAGAGAACAAAUCAUGGCACCAUUGACGGAGAAGAGGAAGGGGUACAUUGAUGUCUGGUGGCUUUUUGAUGAUGGUGGGUUGACAAUCCUUUUGCCCUAUUUGUUGAUGCGAAGCCGCACUUGGAAGGAGUGCUCCUUGCGAGUGUUUACAGCUGCUUCGAACCGGAAGUUGAAAUCGAACGAAGUGCGCAUGGCCAGCCUUAUGAAAAAGUUCCGCAUAGAUGUUUCUGCCGUUGUUGAAGUAUCAGGAAUCAAUGCCCAUCCAAAACCUGAGAGUAUUAAGCGAUUCCGCGAGCUGCCAAUAAGGAAUGAAGUCCCUGAUUCAGAACAUUUGGACAAGAAGACAUUACGACAGAUUCGCCUUGGUGAGCUGCUCCAAGAGCAUUCCAGUGAUUCGAAAUUAGUCGUACUCACCUUGCCGAUACCUCGAAAAACUGUCGUAUCCCCGUUGAUGUUCAUGGCUUGGCUGGAAACGCUGUCGGCCAGGCUACCGCCAGUGCUGUUCGUGAGAGGCAACCAAGCUAGUGUCCUUACAUUUUACUCGUAGAAAUUAUCUUUAACAAGUAUAUUUUUCUAACGUAUUUACGGGGUUCCUUUAGGUAAUAGGUAUUUAAAUAUGAGCCAAAUUUGAGAUUAAAUUUUGUGAUCUGGCAGUUACAAAAAUUAAAAAUAUUAAGAUACAUAAGUAACAUUCGACCGAGCCUCCCUCUACUGAAUUUCGGUAUCUAUUGACAACCUUGCUCGAGUUUCUUUUAAUCUCUUGUAAGAUUCUGUUAGAUUGUAUGUCAUAAAUUCACCUGCUUUCCCGUUACAUGCAGACCCAUGACUUGCAUACUGCCAGAAAUAAUAAAUUAUAAAAGUAAUGAGCUUAAACGAAGCAGAUCUAAGUGAAACCUAAUGCCAACUGGAAAAGUACUUUGGAAUGCUACGUUGCAACGCGUACCCACCUUAGCGCGUACUCCUGUUUCUAGAAUGGAGUUUGUAGACAACAGUUGGAAAUCUUUUUGUUAAACAGUUUCCAGAUUUAUCCUAGUAUAUCCGUUACGAUAGCGCACCCUUUUUUUAUUUUACAAGUAUUUUUUCCUUUACUACUUUUCAAUAAGAUAUGGUUGCUAACAUCUACAAUUUUGGGCUAUAUUUACGAAACGAUAUUUAAUAAUGAGGUUUAAUAAUGAUAUUUAAUAAAUUCAUCAUGUUAUUUUAUAGCCUCGUUAUUUUCACCAUUAUUUUGCUGUCUUUGAUGCAAAAUUUCAAACAAUGAUUCAGUUGUAAUAUUGUCUGCACAUGUUUUUUACAGUUUGCUUUCUUUUGAAACGAUUUGAAAAUGACAACGAUAUCAAAAGCUAGCUAAAUUAUCUUUAAUUGUGAAGUUGCCCAGAGUUCCUGUAAGUGCUAAGUGAUCGGGCUCCAGGUUCCUUAUUUUGGUGAUAACCACAAGAUAUUAUCAAGUAAA